AUUGGGUAGAAAAAUUGUCUGCCAGUGGAUCACCAUUCGUAGGCAAAGAAGAAAAGGCGAGCGAAUGCCUACUCUGUUCUAUCUCUCUUUCGCGCUUUCCGGCCUCUUCUGAACUGUUCCUUACCCUCCUUACUCUAUACGCACUGUCCCUUCUUCAUGGAGUUCUGUACCCGCUCUCCUGAUCCUUCCACGCCGUUCCUCGGAUUCGUCGCUGCCGCCUCGGGUCAUGUGCAAGAGCGGAUCGAGCGUCAGCUCAAGGCUCAAGCGUUUCUCUUCAUACCGGUAAACUGUAAGACACAAUGGUCACUUGAGGCUGAGCUGAGGAAUGGGCACCCGGGUGCAAACGGUCGCGUGUGGCGAAUGUUCUUGUCAAUGGGAGCGUGUCUGCGUCAUGAUUCACGUUAUAUUAGAGAUGAUCGAUGAUUCUCUUAGCCGUAUAUACAGCAAUUUAACACGACGACGUUGUAUCUUAUGUUUACCUGGUAUGUCUCAUGUAACGAGUCCAUAUAGAGGGCA